AGACAAGAGGACACAUAACCACAUUAAUUGUGGGCACACCACAUAUUGACCCCAUACCAGAUUAGCAAAACAAAAAGGUCAAGUCACUUUUUAGGAGUGGGGGGUUGACACUAAUUACUAAACAAUGUUUUAACACUCACUGUAUUCAUUAGUCAUGACUCAUGCCAACCUUUCCCACCACUCUCUUUCAUUGAUUCUCACCUGAAAACCUAAUGAGGGUCUUUACCCACCUCCCUAAAAAUCAGCAAAGCUGAGUUAUAGUCAUCAAAGAUGAAGAUCAUACAUACUAAAACUGACUCAUGAAACUCUGUUUGUUCAUUCUUUUCAUUCAUUUCUUGACACAUGGCCACUCCAACUCUGAUAUCAACAUUGGCUAUAGGGUCACCCUUGCCGUCCCUAUGGAAUAUAGCUUGGGUUUCAUUGGAAGAGCUUUUAUAAUGGAGACUGACCAAAUGGCACCAAAAUUUAAAGUUGCAUUAAAUGUUGAAGCUGUGGAGGAAAAGUACUCAUGUUCCAUUGAUGUUUUGCUUGGGGAUGUGAGGGUGUGGAGUUCUGGCCAUUUGUCGCGAUUUUACGCGACAGAGAAAUGUGUAGUCGAGCUGACGCAGGGCGGAGAUCUGCAGUUGAAAGGUCAGAAGGAGCAAGUUGGAUGGCGAAGUGGGACUUCUGGACAAGGUGUGCAGAGACUAAACUUGCUAAGAACUGGCAAUCUAGUGUUAGUAGAUGAUCUCAACAUGAUCAAAUGGCAGAGUUUCAAUUUCCCGACAAACAUAAUGCUUUGGGGACAGAGAUUGAACGUUGCGACUCGCUUGACUUCUUUCCCCUCCAACUCAAGCAAUUCAUCAUUUUCCUUUGAAAUCCAGAACGAUAAGAUCGCGCUCUACUUGAACUCUGGCAAAUUGAAGUAUGCCUAUUGGGAAUUCAAGCCUCCUGACAACCAAAACAUCACAUUUAUCAAAGUGGGUAAUAAAGGAUUAGAGUUAUUCGGCGACAAGUACACAAAAAUCACCCAGAUUCCUUCAGGCAGGCUUGAGCCAUUGCGGUUUCUGGCACUGGGGAACGAAACAGGCAAUUUGGGGCUUUACUACUACUCACCUGACACGGGUAAUUUUAAGGCCUCAUUUCAAGCACUGAACAGCACUUGUGAUCUUCCACUAGCAUGUAAACCUUAUGGUAUAUGUACCUUAUCCGAUGUGUGUUCGUGCAUGCGAUUCAUAACACGAGAUGGGUUCAACUCUGGUUGCAGCAAUGGAAGUUCUGUCGGGUUUUGUAGCAAAAAUCAAGUUGAAAUGGUUGAGUUACAAGGUGUUACUAGUGUACUUAAGGGUACACCAGAAAAGGCUAAGUAUGUUAGCAAAGAAGUGUGUGCAAAUUUGUGUUUGGAUGAUUGUAAAUGUGUUGCUGCAUUGUAUUCAAAAUUGGGAGAUUGUUUUCUGUAUGGAAUUGUUCGUGGGGUGAAACAGGUUGCGUGGGGGAGCGGGUUGAGUUACAUGGUUAAGGUGCCGAAGGGAACGAGUGGGAAUCAUGGGAAGAGUUCUGGUUUGAAAAAAUGGGUUUUUGUGAUUGUAGGAGUGGCUGAUGGAUUGAUCAUCGCGCUUGUUUUGGGAGGGACCGGGUACUAUGUGAUUCAGAGAAGAAAGAACUUAGGGGAUGACAACAAUAGUACAUGACCUUAUAUGAUUCAUUGUUUCUUGUGAGAACUGUAGAUCAAUAUACAAUUUUUUUGAGUGGAAUAGAAAAUUUGCAUCAAUUAUUUUUAGAAAAGAGAAAAUCUGAGGCCCAUAAAGGGACAUGAAUUAUCAGCCAAGAAUCAUCUUUGUGCAGUUUGAUUGUAAAGCUAGGAGAGAAGGCCAAGAAUGUGGUGGAUGCGUCAAAAGUGAGGACCCCAGGUUCAAUUUAUUUGUUUUUUGUUUUGUUUUUGUCAAUGCGGUCCUUGGGAAGUUACCUGCCUUUGAAGGAAUUUGGGCGCAAGGGAAUGAUGUAAUAUUGGAAAAAGAAGAAAGAAUCAGAGAAUAAAAAGAAAAAGAAAACCACUGACAUGUCACAACAGUGACAAAUUAUACAUUCUGUCAA